AUGGCCAUUAUGUACGUUUUCAACGCGAUUAACUCGGCGUUGCGGGACAGAACCCGACUGUGGAUGGUGCCGUUUGUCUGGCUUGAGGCCAAGACAGGCGUCGAUCACGUGAAACUGUCCGCGGGUUGCCUGUUGGCCGCACUGGCGUUCAUCAUCGCGUCCGGUCGAAUGGUCAUGUUGGUCAGCAAUCUUUUGGGGUUCGCGUAUCCCACGUACGCCAGCAUCGAGUGGAUGGUAAAGGACGACAGACAACGCGAAACAUCACCGCCUCCGACGCCGCUACCGGUACUUUCCGGUCAGUCCGGACGUUAUGCGCCUAUAUCGCAGGCCACACGAUGGCUCACGUACUGGAUAACGUUCGCGGCUGUGCUCAUGGUGCAACAAUUGUGCGGCGACAUACUACGGUUCAUACCGUUUUACUUCCUCGUUAAAAUUGCGUUCUUCGUAUGGUGCGCGUUGCCGAUGGAAGCCAACGGCGCCGCAUUCGUGCACAGAUAUGUUGUGCGCGACCAUUUAAAACAUUUUUUCGACUGA